AUGCGUAAUUAUGAUAAGAGUAAUGAGACUGAGGAAACGGGAAAGCAAGGGUUGUGGCACCGAAGAGACCUCAACUUGCAUCGUGUUUUAGUAGGCAACAUCAGGAAAUGGAAGUUGAGUGACUCAGUCAGUGACGAUAACGAUGAUGACACCUCAUCGAAGACUUCCAGUGACGCCUGUCUGCCACCGAUCAAUCGUUUCUGCUGA